UGGGGCACAACGACUUUCUCCAACAUAAACAAACUGCAUGUAAUUCAAAAACGAGCCAUUGUACACAUACACGAUAUACGUUCCACUUGUCACUGGAUUAUUCCACAAACAGGUACAAAUUACGGUCGUCAGAUGCUUCGUUUUAACUUACCAUCUUUAUUAAAUAAUCUAAAUGUUGAUUAG